AUGUCGGCUGAUUUGUUUGCCGAGUUUGCCAACAGCAAUCCGCCACCUCCACAACAACAACAGCCACCCAUUUCGGGCGUCCAGGGGAAUCCGCCUGCGGCAAAGAACCACUUCGGCUUUGGCUUCAACGACUUUACAGCGGCAACAGCCUCGCCAAUUGAGAGCUGGCCCUCCAUUCCGUCUCAGCCAAGCGGAGCUGGCAGGUGGACAACGCCUCCAGCCUUAUCACAGACGACACCAGCUUCUCAUGCGCUGAAUGAUGCCGAUGAUGAUGGCUGGGGAGAUUUUGAGACUGCGGAGCCUACUCCGGCAGCAUCCACGAUAAACAAGCCUUUUGUUUCACUUGGGGGCGCGUUUGGGGAGUUUUCCGCACCUCCCAAAGAGCCUGAUGUGAGAAACAGACUGGUCCGAGCCCCUACCAUCGACAUCAUGACCAAUACAUUGGUUGACUUCCAAGCGAAGCCUGAGCCUCCCAAGUCAAAGCCCAGCGAAGACUAUUCUUCGUGGAAUGAGACGCAAGGCACUUCAAGAUUCUCUAUGAAUUCCGCCCCAAAAGACCCCAACGUGCUCUUCGACGUGGACGAUUUUGAGCUUCAGGUGCCAGAGGAAGACGAAGAUGACUUUGGAGACUUCGAAACGGUGCCACCACCGCCACAACAAAUGCAGCCCAAACACAAUGCUGUUGCUUCCCCACCAGUAUCUUCUUCCAAUCCUUCAGCGUUGCUAGAUCUGCUCUCUCUCGAUGAUCCCCCAGAGCAACAGCCGAUUGCGCAGGUAACUAAGAAGCAGCCACCUCCCCAGCUCCUAGGGGCACUGAGCUUUGGGACUGUCCCGUCAACAGUUCCAAAUCCACCAAAAUCGCCAUCAUUCCAAGAGCGAAAUCCUUUCCCAGAUCUUGAAGUCAAGACAAACGUGUCAGCUGCUGCCGCGGCAAAGAAGAAAAGCGAGGCGCCCAAAUCAGCAACGCCAGUUACUGCUUGGCCGCCGGCUAGCCAUGGGAAAAAGCCAUCAAUCGCUAAGAAUUUUGACGACGACUGGGAUGCCUGGGACGACACCCCCAGCAACACGAACAUAGAAAAAGAUAAAAAUGCCAAGUCUAACCAGGCAGAGAACUGGGAUUGGGACGCUGGUGAUGGCGCGGAAUCUUCUGCUAUGAAAGGGAGUGACGAUGACCCUCCGCCGACCAAUGUGCCGCCCCCAUCGGUCAUCCUGUCCGCUUUUCCCAAUCUUCUUAGUUCAGCGAGCGUCUUCUUCAAACCAAUCUCUGGCCACAGUGCCUCCAUAAAGCAGCAAGUCCUAUCAAAUCCCAAAGCAAUACACUUCCUUCAGGCAUAUAUCCUUCUGGCUACCACUGCUGCCCGAGUAAUCGCCGGCCGCAAACACAGGUGGCACCGAGACAAGAUCUUGGCCAAAAGCAUGUCCAUAUCGGCUGCUGGUAGCAAGGGCAUGAAGCUCGCGGGCAUAGACAAGACUCAGUCAGCACGAGAAGACAGAGAGGCAGCGGACGUGGUUGCUGUAUGGCGUGAACUUGUAGGACGCCUGCGAUCUGCCGUUGCAGCUGCUAAUACGGAGGGCAAGCUAAACCUCAAGGUCCCUGAGCUCAACGAGAACAUGCAGGUUCAGACAGCCAAGAUGGUGCCAACAGGGCCCAAGCCAUGUAUCAUAUGCGGCUUGAAAAGGGAAGAGAGAGUGGCCAAGGUUGACUAUGACAUUGAAGACAGUUUUGGUGAAUGGUGGGUCGAGCACUGGGGCCACAGGGCCUGCAAGAACUUUUGGGUAGAACAUGAGCAGACAUUGCGGCAGCGCUGA